AUGGCUGCAGCUGCGAGACGAGCUCGCUCAGGCGUCUGCCUGCUAGCACUGGCGGUGCCUCUGCUGGGUAGCUGCCUCUCUCGCACCUUUGCCCAGGCGCCCCUUGCGCGGCCUCCUGGUGCCCUGAGAGCUUCAGGAGACUCGGAGGCCGAGUCGGUGCGCUUGCGGCCCGUCGUCCUUUGCCCCGCGCAGUUUGGCACAGCAGAGGACUACGAGGACCUGAAGGAGAGCUUGAAAGCUCGUGGUUUCGCGCUGUAUCCUGCUCCGCUUUCCAGAUUCGACUGGCUGAAGAUAGUCCCCAGCACUUUCACCAAGGAGUUCUUCACAGCAGAGCUGCGGCCGAACCGGACAUUGGGAUUCUUCUACGAGGCCCUUGACGAGGCCAUCGCAUCGGUGAAUGCUGACUUCGGUCCGGAGGAGCCAAUCGCUUUCCUGGGCCACUCUAUUGGAGGCUGGGUGGCUCGGUCUUACAUCGGCGAAGUGCUCGGCGAGGAAGUUGCCCGAAAGCGCGUUCGGUCUCUUGUCACGCUGGGCACUCCCCACCAGUCGCCACCAGAAGACUCCUUCGUCUCUGCUCUGGAUCAAACCCGUGGCCUGCUGAGCUACAUUAAUGACAAGUUCCCGGCAGGUGCGCCUUUGCCUCCGACCGUGGUAACUUGCGUAGCGGGGCGCGGAACGCGUGUUCCCGCUUCGGUGCAAGCGCUGUGGGAGACUGCAGGCACCAAAAUUUGGAACGAGACCGUCAGCCGCAGCGCACUGCUGGAGGAGGUGGUGGCCUUCGCCUCCUACCUUCCGCUGUCCGGUAGCACCUUCGGCGUCGAGGGAGACGGCCUCAUCCCUGUAGACACAGCCCUCAUGGAAGGCUGUCAGAGCGUUGUGUUGGAUGACUGCAACCACGCAGACUUCGUUCCCAUGGUUGGUGAAAGCUUGCGGCUUCCCAAGUCGUACCGGUGGUACGGCGACUUCAUCGAGGACUGGAUUGAGUUUCUUUAG